AUGUCUAUCGAGGAUAAACUCAGAGUGGUCGCUUCCUCUGCACUUGAGACGCUUUUCUCGUCUCAUGCAAUUACCGUUCCAAUAUCCUCGUUCGACUUGCUCACUCGUAUCAUCGCGCAAGGCCCUCCUGCCGCAGGCCUCUUUCCCGGCUCGACGCCUGCUCCUAGGUUCCGCCUCAUAGACAUCGCACGCUUUGAGCGUAUUCUAGAACAGCUCUCAGAGAAGUGGGAUAAUGGCAAGAUCGCUCUUUCCCGGGAGGAGGCUGGCGACGGAGGUCUCACUGUGAUGGACGUCAGGCUUGGAGUUUCCUCAGACGACCAGGGCGACGGACUGCAAACGUCUCUCCGCAAGAAGAGGAAGCGUGUCGUAGACGAAGACGAUGAUUCAGCGGCGGGUGCGAAGGAGGAGGAGGAGACUCCGGAGGUCGAGAGAGCGGAAGCAUGGAAGCCACCUCCAAGUACGCUCGAGAGUCUGAACAAGACGAUGAAGGAGGUGUAUGCACUCAUGCAGCGUAGCUCCGCCAAGGGCAAGCUUUUAGCCGAGCAGUUCCGUUCGAUCACUGGGAGCUUCGAACCCAUUUGCACUCACAUCACCAAGGACGAGUGCGCGCGCGCGCGACGCGAGUCCCAGACACAGUCAAGUCCAUCGAAGGCCGUACCCGCCAUCUGCGACCGUAUCCACUUCCGUCCCCUCAUCCGGCCACACACCGAUCCCGCGCUGGGACACUGUUCAUACCUCAACACAUGCUACUCCGAGCCGACGUACGCACAAUCCCCCUCGAUACCCCCACUGCCGUCGCAUAGGCAGAUGCAGUACGGUGCCCAGGGCCAGGGUCCUGUGAGCUUGCCCAGCGGCCUGGGAGCCGGUGGACGGGGAAAGGAGAAGGCCCCGUGUCGAUAUCUGCACUUCGAGGUGGAUUGGGACGUGAAUGAUGGUCAGGGUAUGCUGGAACAGCGGCUAGUCCCCAAGAAGAAGCCGUAUAGGCUGGAGCUCGGUCUCGGUCCAUUGCAAAAGGAGGCCAAGCCUCUUCCUCCACAAUGGAUCAAUUGCGACCUGCGCAGGUUUGACUACUCGGUGUUGGGCAAGUUCCAUGUCAUCAUGGCAGACCCUCCAUGGGACAUCCACAUGAGCCUGCCCUACGGAACCAUGACAGACGACGAGAUGCGCGCAAUGCCCAUACCCGCCCUCCAAGACGAAGGUCUGCUCUUCCUCUGGGUCACUGGGCGCGCCAUGGAGGUCGGGCGCGAGUGCCUCCGCGUCUGGGGCUACACGCGCGUUGACGAGGUCGUUUGGGUGAAGACGAACCAGCUUCAACGCGUCAUCCGCACCGGGCGCACGGGGCACUGGCUCAACCACACGAAGGAGCACAUGCUUGUCGGGGUAAAGACCGUCACGGACGAGCAUGGGAACUUGAAGUUCCCGUCGUGGGCGAACCGGGGGUUAGACACGGACGUGAUCGUGUCGGAAGUGAGGGAGACGAGCCGGAAGCCGGACGAGGUGUAUGGGUUGAUCGAGCGCAUGUGUCCUGGAGGGCGCAAAAUUGAGAUAUUUGGGCGGAGACAUAACACGCGUCCUGGGUGGUUGACUCUCGGCAACCAGCUGGGCGCGGACCAGAUCUACGAGGAGGAUCUCAGGGCGAGGAUCAAAGCCAGAUAUCCGGAAAGGACUCUGAACCCGCCUCCGGAAGCCCUUGGACAUUGAGUACAUUGGACUCUAUCUUUACGGAUCUUCGUUCGCUUUCGUAGACUCAGCUUUAUCGUCGUUUGUUCUCGCCUUUCGCACGUGUACUGACAUGACACUUGUAUCAAUACGUGUAUCAA